AUGUCCGAAAUGCUGCAGAGAUCCGUUUCCCUGGGCAGUAGAAGAGCCCCGGAUCCGGUGGACCAGUUCCUGGAGCAGCACCUACUGUACCGCAAGCACACGGCGGCGGACGCCUGCAGCUUGUUCCGGGUGAUCGCCGAGCAGGUGUACGACACCCAGAUGCUGCACUACGAGGUGCGGAUGGAGUGCAUCCGCUACAUGUUCCGGAAACGGAGGAGCUUCGGGCGGCUGGUGAGCGGCGACUACGACGAGUAUUUGUGGCAGCUGGAGCGGACCAGGACGGAGGGCACCCUGCUGGAGCUGCGCGCCCUGUGUCACCUGUACCGGCGCAAUGUCAUCAUCCACCAGCCCUUCGAUCUGGGCCACCUGGUUGUCUACAACCGGGGAUAUCCGGAGACCCUGAGGAUCUUUGUGAACCCCCAGGGGCACUUUGACUCCGUGAUGACCAUGUCGGAGCUCCAGAUGGCCGCCGUCUGCCAGGCGGUCUCGUUUAAGCUGCUCUACAGGCAGCUCUUCCGCCUGCCUGAUCUCAAUCUUGCCGUGGAAUGGAUGCUCUAUCCGCAGACCUUCGAAUGUGGCACCGAUUUGGAGUUCGAUCGGCGCGGCAAUGUCAUCCGUUUGCUGUGCAGGAAUGGCCGGAGCUUCCUGCUCGAUCGGAGCAAUGGCACCCUCUGCAUUUUGGCCAACUACAAGGAUUGCCCGUUCCACAAUCGCCGGCUGAACUUGGACCAGGAGAGCCAGAGCAUGUCCUGCAUGAGGCUGCUCCUCCAGCAGAAUCGCCCGCCCUUUUGCUAUAUGGCAGCCAAGUCCCUGGAUCCCUAUAUAUAUCGCAAUGUGGAGCUCACCAGCCUGAAUGUCGAUCGACGCGAGGCCAAAUCCCUGAAUCUCUAUGCUGGGGAUUAUAACUUCAAGGUGGGCGCCAAGUGCCAGGUGGAGUUCGAGGUCAACCGGCCACUGGGCACCUGCCACAUCCAGGCCAUCAGUAAGGAUAAAUCCUUUUGCCGGGUUUUUAUCGAGGGGCGGGGCGAACUUAAAGAAGUGCCCUUUAAAAAGCUGCAUCCACUGCCGCCGAAUGAAUUCAAGCCAUGGAGUUCUGUGCCCAAAUGGCGAGCCAAACGAAAUGGGCGACUCCACGCGAGGCGCCUAAAGAGGCAGAUGCCAAAGUUGCAGGCGAAUCGGCAAAAGAAUCAGCGCCAAAACAUUAAAGAAGCAGCUCCGGGAGCCAAAAAGGAGUAUGCAAAUCAAGCUUCACCGCCGGCUCCGCCUGUUCAGGGUCAUCAAAAGGAGUCCAUGCCUGACCAGAAGCCUGCUAUGGCUCCUCCGCCAAUUAAUCACUUCUCCACGCCACCACCGAUGGCCAUUCCACGUCAGGUUUACCUGCAGGCUCCGCCGCCGCACUUUGGACCUCCUGGAAUGUUGCAGCAUAACCAGUUUCAGCCCCAUCAGAUGAUGAUUCCUCCGCAGGGUCCACUCUUUUAUGUCACACAACAUGAUCCUCCGACAGGCAUGAUGCCACUUCCUUAUUAUUAUGCUAAUAAUCCCAACCCACAUCCUGCAUAG